AUGUCACCACAAAAUUAUUCAUCUUCUCAAUUCUCAAGAGCUACGAUCUUCGAUGAUGAGGUGAGGAGUAAGAGAACCGCUUUGGAUUUAGAUCGUCCCAGUUUACCUUCGAUUCUCCCUAGUCAAGAUAAUGGCCACAUCUUGUCAUCUUUUCGGCUGAAGAUCAAAAAUGGAGUCUCAAAACUCAAGGUAUUCUAUAGGUCUUCACCUUCGAAUCAAAAACAAAAAAGGAACACAGUAAACCUAGUGGUCUUGACUUCGGAUCAAAAAUCUCGAAGAUCAUAUAAUACGGUUUCUAGCUCGAAUGAAUCAGACGAGGAAGGUUCAAGUACCCUGAAAAGCUCAUGUCCAAUGAUGCUCAAGGUACCUGAACCUGUCCUCAGAUCCAUAAAAGAAGAAACCGAAGAGAAACGAAAACUUCAAGCUCUUGAAUAUUUAGAAAGAGCUAGAGAACAAUUAAAAAGACAUUAUCAAGUUGAUGUUCAACAUCUUUCGAUUGAUUGUGAUUGUAAAACAAAGGAUGAAGAACCACUUUGGCAAGCUGAAUUAAGGCAACAUCGUUGGAUAUCUUUUUUGAAGGAAAAAGAAGUAGAAGUACCAUAUGAGGGUGAAUAUAGGCAGAGAGGUGAAUAUGGUCAACAAGAGUGCAUAUGGUCGAUGAGAAAGUAUUUCGGACAAUGGUCAACACCUCCAUCGGUUCUAUUCACACCAUCCAUGCGAGUAGAUCAGGCUCGCUCCAGUCCAGAGCAGAUGAACUUGUACUAG